AUGAAGUUUUUCAUUGAGGAUCUUCCGGUGCUGUUCCCGUAUCCGCGCAUCUACCCCGAGCAAUAUGCAUACAUGUGUGAUCUCAAAAAGACCCUCGAUGCCGGGGGUCACUGUGUUCUGGAGAUGCCCUCGGGAACGGGCAAAACAAUCUCCCUGCUCUCGCUGAUUGUCGCCUAUCAACAACACUACCCAGAACACAGGAAGCUCAUUUAUUGUUCACGAACAAUGUCCGAGAUCGAGAAGGCACUGGCGGAGCUCAAGGCUUUAAUGAAACAUCGCACACAAGAGCUUGGAUUUGAAGAGGAGUUUCGCGCCUUGGGACUCACCAGUCGGAAAAACCUCUGCCUUCAUCCAUCAGUAAAACGAGAGAAAAGUGGUACUGUGGUUGACGCGAGGUGUCGGAGCUUGACAGCAGGAUUUGUCAAGGAAAAGAAAGAACGCGGUGAAGAAGUGGAUCUCUGCGUAUAUCAUGAUAAUCUCGACCUUCUCGAACCACACAACCUUCUUCCCCCGGGUGUCUUCACUCUUGAUGACCUUCUUCGAUAUGGAGAGGAGCACAAGCAGUGUCCAUACUUUUCCGCUCGCCGAAUGAUGCCCUGGUGCAACGUGAUCAUCUACUCCUACCACUACCUCCUCGAUCCCAAGAUUGCCGAGCGGGUGUCCCGAGAGCUCUCAAAGGACUGCAUCGUGGUUUUCGACGAAGCCCAUAACAUCGAUAACGUCUGUAUUGAGGCCCUGAGUAUUGAUAUCAGCGAAGAUUCUCUCCGCAAGGCCACAAGAGGCGCAUCCAACCUGGAGCGCAAAAUCGAGGAAAUGAAGAGCACAGAUGCCGAGAAGCUUCAAAAUGAAUACUCAAAACUAGUGGAGGGGUUACAACAAGCGGAACAGGCUCGAGAGGAGGAUCAAUUCAUCUCAAAUCCAGUUUUGCCGGACGAUCUGCUGAAAGAAGCUGUACCCGGUAAUAUUCGCCGCGCUGAGCAUUUCAUCUCCUUCCUAAAGAGAUUUAUCGAAUAUCUCAAGACUCGGAUGAAGGUCACACACACCAUCUCAGAAACGCCACCUUCUUUUCUGACGCACUUGAAAGACCUCACAUAUAUCGAGCGCAAGCCUUUAAGAUUUUGCGCAGAGCGACUGACAUCGCUUGUGCGAACACUGGAACUCAUGAACAUUGAAGAUUACCAGCCACUUCAAGAAGUCGCAACUUUUGCGACUCUUGUUGCGACUUAUGAUAAAGGGUUUGUCCUUAUCCUUGAGCCGUUCGAAUCUGAAGCAGCUACGGUACCGAAUCCCAUUUUGCACUUUACUUGCUUGGAUGCCGCAAUUGCUAUCAAGCCUGUUUUGGACCGUUUCAGCUCUGUGGUUAUUACAUCCGGAACUUUAUCCCCUCUUGAAAUGUACCCAAAGAUGCUAGGAUUUACUGCGGUCAUGCAAGAAUCAUACAGUAUGACCCUAGCACGGCGGUCUUUCUUACCUAUGAUUGUCACCCGAGGAUCUGACCAGGCCCAAGUCUCUUCGUCCUUUGGCAUUCGCAAUGACCCCGGUGUAGUGCGAAACUACGGGACGCUUCUGACGGAGUUUUCACGGAUCACGCCGGACGGCAUUGUUGUUUUCUUCCCUUCUUAUCUUUACAUGGAGUCCAUAAUCAGUAUGUGGCAAGGUAUGGGUAUCCUGGAUCAAAUCUGGAAUUACAAAUUGAUUCUUGUCGAAACCCCCGACGCGCAAGAGUCCUCUCUCGCCCUUGAAACUUACCGCACGGCCUGUUGCAAUGGACGUGGUGCCAUCUUGCUCUGUGUCGCUCGAGGGAAAGUGUCGGAGGGUAUCGAUUUCGAUCAUCACUAUGGCCGUGCUGUGCUAUGCAUCGGUGUACCCUUCCAGUAUACGGAAUCCCGCAUUCUCAAGGCCCGACUGGAGUUCUUGCGCGAGAAUUACCGUAUUAGAGAGAAUGACUUCUUGUCUUUCGACGCCAUGCGACACGCCGCUCAGUGUCUUGGUCGCGUUCUCCGUGGUAAGGAUGACUACGGUGUCAUGGUGUUGGCAGAUCGCCGUUUCGAACGUAAACGUCCCCAACUUCCAAAAUGGAUCAACCAAGCGAUGCUGGAUAGUGAGACAAAUCUCAGCACGGAUAUGGCUGUUUCUAUUGCGAAGAACUUCCUACGCACCAUGGCACAGCCUUUCAAAGCUAAGGAUCAAGAGGGUAUUUCUACCUGGAGCUUGGCUGAUAUUGAACGCCAUGAAGCCAAGCGCAAGUCUGAAGAAGAGCGUAUCACGCAGCAGCAGUUUGCAAACGGCCACAAAAUGGACGGCAUUGUUAAAUCUACCGCGCUUGAAGUAGUUGAGGAUGAGUAUGAUGACGAUAUUGAUGAGGAUCUCAUGAUGCUUGAUCCGAAGUAA